CUUUCUCAGAGUUGGCACAUCGACUCUUCAUUAUCUCGAGGCAUAUCACCUUUCAACCGUACUUUCGCCUGCAGUGCUCUUUCCUUGCAGAUAGCACCUGCCCUGUUGGCACCACGGAAGGUUGCAGAAACCUGAACUUCUUCGGACUAGGCACAUCUGUUUAUUUUUCCCCAUGGCGCCCACCUUCACAACGCUACAAAUCGAGAUUCCCCAAGAUGACGAUCGCUCUUCUUCCUCCUCGUCAGCAGCCCUCGACAGCUCCAGCAGUGAUUCCUCCAUCGACGACUCUUCCUUCUCCGAAAUUGACGGAUCAGAUGGAGCGACAGCAGAAUUCGACGCGACCAACCUCCCUAACGGCCGAAUUCCUGUCGACCGGCACAUUCGGACGGCCAGCGGGUCCGUGACGUGGAUGCCGCCGUCGCCGGUGGCGGUGAAAAGCCCGCACGCGAGCGCGAUACGGAAGAAGGCGGCGAUGGCGAACGGGCGCGCGACGGCCAUGGAGUGCGCGUGGGCGGAGGCGGAGGAGGACGCGAAACCCAUUGUCGCUGCGGCCUGCGCCGCCGCCGCUGCUGCCGCCCCUGGCGAUUCUUCGAUGUCGACUUCUCGUUCGCAGGCCAGAUCUCCGACCCUGUUUGGGUUCCGAGUCCCGAGCCACGAAACCAAGGCGGCGCCGUCGUUCCCGCUCCAGAAGCCGUCGCGGGUCCCGGCACGCACCAGCAGCGGCGGAAUCGCCGCCGGGGUUUCUCCCCGCGGAUUGACGCGCACGUGGUCCAUCUCCACCCUGCCGUCGAUCUGGCGUAAGCCGCCUCACGGCGAGUGGCCGAAAGAUGUCGCUGCUGCAGACUCCGCGACUCACGCAUUCGUGCAAGGCGGUGAUGGAGCGGCGAUGCUCCGUCCGUCGCAAAAGCCUCGGCCGCGCCAGUCGCGGCAGCGCGGAGAGCUCGCGCGCAGCCUGACGACGGACAGCGCGGUGCUGUCGGGGUUCAACGCUGACGACAGGCGGAGCAAGGGCCGGCCCGCGCGACAGGCGGAGCAAGGGCCGGCCCGUGAGGCGAAGCCCGCGCAGUCAAGUCAUACGAUUCGCAACCAGCUUUGCGGUGGUGGCCGCGCGCUCGUGCGCACCGCGUCCGCGCCUGUUGCCGCGCGCACGCCGCCCUCCCUUCCCCGUCGCGGACUUGAGCUAGGCCGCGAUGGGCGCUGCCAGAUGGCUGAGGCGGGCAGACAAAGCAGUGCUGCGCGGAGCUGCGUGGUGGCGCAGGCAGUGGCGGAGGAGGGGGAAGAGGAGGAGGAGGUUCCGGUGGCGCAUGCAGCGACAGCGGCGAGUAUCGGCGCGCUUGAAGGAGGGACGAAGCCCAGGUGCUUUCCGCAUGCAUGGACGCAUGCGGUGCAUGUCAAGCCCUUGUACAGGCAGGCGCAUUCGCUACCAGCUAUCUCGAUACAGUCACCCCCAGUUCAGUCGUACACACCGCUGCAGCGACAUGCAUCACUGCAGCCUCGGCCGCAGCAGCAGCAGCAGGGCCGAGCGUGUCUCCCGCCCUCUCCCUGCGCCGACGUGCACCCGUCGCAGCGCCUGCCUGCUGCCAGCACCCCCCCAGCAGCGCACCCCAGCAGCCCGGCCCUGGAGCUCGGUGCCUCCACUGUGCCGCCCUUCACCCCCACGCCCUGCGUAUGCCACGCGUCGCCCCGCGUCUUCAUCCCCCGCCUCGCCUCCUCCCCGUGCGCGUGCUCCUCCCGUGAUUCCAGCUUCCCCACGCCGCAUCCCUCUGCCCUGCGCCCAUCCGCCACGUCCCCCUCCCUUGCCUCCCCCUGCCUGCUGCCCUCCCCCUCUCUUGCCCUGCCCAGUCCCCGCCCCGCCUCCGCCCUCCCAUCAUGCCUGCGCUCACCCGCUAGCCCGUCCCCGCACAGCAAGCAGGCUCGGCGCGUGGCCUUCAGCCCUGUGGUUCGGGUCCGAACCUACUCACACUCGGACGAGGACUGGCCCGCACCCCCCGAGCACACCACCGCAGCUGUUGCUGCUGCCGCUGCUGCUGCAGGCGGCACUGUAGGAGGUGCAGCAGCAGGAGAGGGAGGAAGGUCCAAGAAUAUCCCAGACAACAACACAGACAGUACUCUGCUGCAGCCCCACCUUGAAGCAGAAGGGUUUGCGUCAAAGGCUCCCAAGGGAGAGUGCAUCCCCAGGCAGCAAGUCUCCCUGCAAGCAUGCUGACACUAGGUGGCCAUGGGCACGCACAGGCGGCAAUGCAUGUAUACAUCUACCGUAUGUUCAUGUUGAUACAGGUACAUUGAACAAAUUUCCCCAAGAACGGUGGAGCCUUUGGGAAAGCAUGUG